UCACAAAGCUAAUUUCAUUUUAUUUUCUUCUAUAGUGCACAUCUGAAAUAAUUUUGUUGAAAAAUAAGAACAUUUCCCCAAGGAAACUCUACUGUGGAAACUUGGUGUCGAGGAUGUCGGACUACUCAAAGUUUCUGUCCAACUUGACGGAUCAGCUGGCACUUCUGCCUAAAGUUGCGCCCAAAGGAUUGGGACGAUUGGGCAGCCUGGAGAACUUGGGCAAUAAUCUGGGCAAUCUGCGCCCCGCCCACAAGGCUCUGAUGUGCGUGGGCGUGGCCACUGUGGCUUGCGUUGUCCUCGGCUUCACUGUUAAGUCAUUAAAGGGACAUAGCCGCAAGGACAAGCAAAGGAUCAUCAAUGUACGAAUCGGUAAUCCGAUCAAGCGGGAACUCGAGGGGGCUGAUAAGGACGAAGGAUCCUUUGGGAAGGAAGAAGAACUCAAUUGAUCAAGAAACCUUAGGGCUGGGUGAUCACAAAUAUCCCCAUCACUAUAUAUUUUGAUCUUGUCUUGUGCGAUGCAAUGUUGUUAUAUUUUAUAAUUUUAGACCGUUAACAAAAACGAAUUUACAAAUGAUAUUUGUUCCAAAUUAAAUGAAUGCACAUUAACAUUC